AUGGCUUCCAGACUCUCAAUACAGCAUCGUCUACCUCUUGAAGUCAUAGAACACAUCAUUGAUCAGUUUGCCGACUACAAUGUCGAUCCCGACGGCAGAGCCCACAUAGACGCAGAGAGUCUAAAAGCCUGUUCUCUAACCUGUCAAGCGUUUUUACCUCGUGCCAGAAAACACAUCUUUCACUCUUUCGUGUUGAUACAUGAUGUCGAUGUAUAUCUAUUCGCCAAUUUCAUACACGAUUUUCCAGAACUAGCUCACUACGUCCGCUUCCUCUACUACGUGUUCGAACCGUCGCAUACCGGGAAUCCUCUUAUUCCAGCUGCCUUCCAACGCCUCACGAAACUUACCUCGAUCAAUCUUGUGGCGGGCUCUAAAACAUGGCAUGAUGUCCCUCGCGCACUGCGGACCCCUCUUCUCAAUCUUAUACGUUUCCCGUCUAUCCGCUAUCUUCGCCUAGAAGACAUUUAUAAUAUCGCCCCUUACGAGCUCUUCCCAUGCCCCAACUUGAAAGAACUCGAGUUGUCCGAUGUCUUGCUGAGACGCCCUGGGAAACCUGCAGUUUUGGAAGUUCAGGAUUGUAAACCAGCUCAGCUAGAACGGCUGCAAAUCGAGGGCCGUGGAAGUCAAUUUGUGCUUGACAUGCUGAACACGCGCGACGCACAAGGAAAUCCGGUUCUAGAUUUGGAACAAGUGACGGACUACACGGUCUACCGCAUUACAAACCCAACGGAUUUCUACGCGACUGAGGAGGUGAUGAUGCAGAUGCCAAAUCUGGAAAAGCUGCACAUCGCUUGUAGCCACGAAUCUAGUGCGGCGGAACUUGUCGAGAAAUACUCUCUAGCCUAUAUAAACCUGAAGACUCUACAACUGGGAUUUGAUCUUUUGGGAGACGACACGUUAUCCAGCGUCUGCACCCUCCUUCGCUCGAUAAAAGGCAGGAAUCCAAUCCAAUCGUUGCAAUUAGACAUCCUCGAUUCAUACCACUACAUCCCCAAUCACAAGUUCAAGUUCGCGCUGGACAAAAAGCUAUCAGAGAUUGAAGAGAUUUUCCUCCAACCCAGUUGGGACAGUAUAACGAACCUGACACUCGAGAUCAUCAUACCUGAAGGAGUUGAAGAUGGUUUGACCUCAUGGUUUAAUCACAAAGAUCAAUUGCCCCUAUCGUUUAAGCAGGACCUCGAGGAUAAAAUCAAGGACAGCUUAAACCAAUGUUUCAAGAAAUUGUCCGAGAAGAAACCGUUCAAAUUCGACUAUGUAAUAGAGGACCUCCAAGAUUACGAGGAUAGUGAGAUUUAG